AGAUUCUUAGAGAGGUUUAUAAAAAUCAGUUACUGUCAACUUAGCCCAUUCUCUUGGAUGUCACUAGUCCUACAACAGCUUGGUUUAAUCUGUUCUACAAAUUCUAACGGUGAUAUUUUACCAGGAUUUUUACAAUUUAGACUAGUCCUAGAAAGUAAUAAGAUAUUGGUGCAUUUUUUACGAAUCCACUUAAUGUGAUGGCAUCGCAACCGAAUCCUUCGGAUGGCAAGAAGCGUAUGCACUUCCGGUUAGGUUCCAUUACUGAGACAGAGGUGAAGUUUGUUAGUAAAGAUGCAAGUUUGAAUGGAGACGUCAAUGGUGCCGCAGAUGAGGAGGUGGAGGUCAGAAAAAGGUCUGAGAGUGCUCCCGCUGAUACAACAGCUGCUGCAAAAGCCAGCGGAAUGCAGUCAGCCAGACGAAUAUACAGGCCUACCAUGUCCGGCCUGAAUCUCAUUGAAUUGGACGGCAGAAGGCAAUCUCAGGGCUCCGAUUCCAGGAGAGGAAUGGCUAGCGUGGCAACACCUGCUGAAUUUGUCAAUAAAUUUGGAGGAAACUAUGUCAUCAACAAAGUACUAAUUGCCAAUAAUGGCAUCGCUGCUGUGAAGUGUAUGAGGUCUAUACGAAGAUGGAGCUAUGAAAUAUUCCGUAACGAGAAAGCCAUCAAAUUUGUUGUCAUGGUUACACCAGAGGAUUUGAAAGCUAAUGCUGAAUAUAUCCGCAUGGCUGACCAGUAUGUGCCGGUACCAGGAGGAACAAACAAUAACAAUUAUGCGAAUGUGGUGUUGAUCCUAGACAUCGCCAAGCGUGUGCAAGUACAGGCUGUAUGGGCAGGAUGGGGCCACGCCUCUGAGAACCCUAAGCUUCCAGAACUCCUCCACAAAAACAACAUUGCUUUCAUUGGCCCUCCUGAACAUGCUAUGUGGGCGCUAGGUGACAAGAUAGCAUCCUCGAUUGUGGCUCAAAGUGCUGGAGUGCCAACGUUACCAUGGAGCGGAGAUGGCCUCACUGUUGAUUGGUCUAAGGAUGAUGCGAAGAAAAACAAGGCAGUUACGGUGCCAGAAGGCAUCUACAAGAAAGGUUGUGUCACCGACGCAGAUAUUGGCUUACAGCAAGCCCAGCGUAUUGGUUUUCCUGUGAUGAUAAAGGCAUCGGAAGGAGGUGGAGGUAAAGGUAUACGUAUGGUAGAGAAUGGUGAUGACUUUGCAAGCCUUUUUAAGCAAGUUCAGAACGAAGUUCCUGGCUCUCCAAUUUUUGUUAUGAAGUUGGCAAAAAGUGCCCGUCAUCUUGAAGUGCAAUUGAUUGCUGAUAAAUAUGGAAAUGCAAUUUCCUUAUUUGGGCGUGAUUGUUCCAUUCAGCGUCGUCACCAAAAAAUCAUUGAAGAGGCUCCAACAACUAUAGCAAAACCAGAUGUUUUCAAAGAGAUGGAAAAGGCUGCUGUCACGUUAGCUAAAAUGGUUGGUUAUGUCAGUGCUGGAACAGUAGAAUACCUUUACAAUGAUGAAGAGGGCAAGUUUUACUUCUUAGAGUUGAACCCCCGUCUGCAAGUGGAACAUCCCUGUACAGAGAUGGUUGCUGGGGUCAACUUGCCGGCAUUACAGUUACAGAUUGCUAUGGGUAUUCCUCUUCAUCGAACUAAAGACAUCCGUACAUUAUAUGGAGAAAAUCCAUUUGGUGAUUCCCUCAUUGAUUUUGAUGACCCAACCAAUCCAGUUGAGCCCAAGGGUGCUGUAAUUGCUGCCAGAAUAACCAGUGAAAAUCCAGAUGAGGGCUUCAAGCCAAGUUCUGGAACAGUGCAAGAGCUAAAUUUCCGCAGCAAUAAGAAUGUUUGGGGUUAUUUCAGUGUUAGCGCAUCCGGUGGGCUUCAUGAGUUUGCCGACUCCCAGUUUGGACAUUGUUUCUCGUAUGGCGAGGAUCGUGAAGAAGCUAGAGAGAGCAUGGUGGUAGCCUUAAAGGAGCUCUCGAUCAGAGGUGACUUCAGGACAACUGUCGAGUAUCUCAUCAAACUUCUCGAAACUGACAACUUCCAAAACAACGAGUUCGAUACUGGCUGGCUGGACAAACUCAUCGCUGAGAAACAAACGGCUGAGAAACCGGACACAAUGCUUGGUGUCGUUGUUGGUUGCAUACAUGUAGCUGAUACAUCAAUUCAGAACAAUUUUGCUGAGUAUCAAGCCUCCCUUGAAAGAGGUCAAGUGCUAUCAUGUAGUACGCUAAACAGUAUGCGUGAGGUCGAGCUGAUUCAGGAGGGUGUGAAGUACGUCGCUAAAGUAAUCCGACAAGGUCCAAAUGUGUACUUCAUAUGUUUGAAUGAUUCGUACAUUGAUGUUGAGGUACAUCACCUAACAGAUGGAGGGCUGCUCAUUUCAUAUGAUGGCAAUUGCUACACAACAUACAUGAAGGAACAAGUUGACAGUUACCGUAUCACUAUUGGCAACCAAACCUGUGUGUUUGAGAAGGAGAAUGAUCCAACAAUCUUGCGUUCUCCCUCUGCUGGCAAGCUGAUCCAAUUCACUGUAGAAGAUGGCGGACAUUGUUUUGCAGGCCAACCGUAUGCUGAGAUUGAAGUGAUGAAAAUGGUGAUGAGCCUCAGAGUGGUUGAGGACGGAUGGUCAGUAUUGAUAAUUAUAUUCCCUGGUCGCGUUAUUAGUUAUUUAUUAUUAUAUAGCGUAACCACAUUUAUAUUGUUAUUUCAGGCUCAAAUCUUCACUGGUAAAUGCCCAGCUCCGCAAGGGCCAUCUGUGCAUGGCUCAAAAUUGCACCAAAUUUUCCACAAAGCUAAGGAGGCACUUGACAACAUCAUGAGUGGCUACUGCUUACCAGAGCCAUACUUUGAAGAAAGGUGUGAAGCGUAUGUGCAGAUGUUUAUGAAGUCAGUCCGUAACCCAGCACUACCCUUGCUGGAAAUGCAAGAAAUGGUUUCUAGCAUUGUUGGUCGUGUUCCUAGCAAUGUGGAGAAACAAAUCAAGAAACUACUGAACCAGUACAACAGCAAUAUUACCUCUGUGCUUUGCCAGUUUCCAAGUCAACAGAUUGCAAAUGUUAUUGACAGGCAUGCAGCAACAUUGGCUAAGAAAUCAGACCGUGAUGCCUUCUUCCUUCAUACUCAGGGAAUUGUUCAACUUGUCCAGAGAUAUCGUAAUGGUAUCAGAGGUCACAUGAAGUCGGUGAUCCAGGACCUUCUUCAGCAGUACCUUGCUGUGGAGAAACUGUUCCAGCAUGGACCAUAUGAUAAGUGCAUUACCGCCCUCAUUGAUCAGAAGAAGGGCGACAUGGAGUCUGCAGUCCAGUACAUCUUCUCACAUUACAAUGUCAAGGAGAAGAACAUUCUAGUUACUAUGCUUAUCGAUCAUUUAUGUAAAAAAGAGCCAGGACUGAUUGACGAAUUAAGCUCCAUCAUCGGAGAACUAACAAGCUUGAAUAAGCAGGACAACUCAAAGGUAGCGCUGAGAGCGAGACAGGUGCUGAUCGCAGCCCAUCAACCAUCGUACGAAGUACGCCACAAUCAGGUUGAAUCCAUCUUCCUAAGUGCUAUUGAUAUGUAUGGCCACCAGUUCUGUCCUGACAGUCUUAAAAAAGUGAUCAUGUCUGAGACUGCUGUAUUUGACGUUCUUCCAAGUUUUUUCUACCAUAGUAAUGAAGUGAUCCAGAGAGCUGCACUUGAGGUCUAUGUGAGGAGAGCUUACAUUGCUUAUGAUGUGAAUGGUCUACAGCAUGCAUCACUGAGUGGUGGUCGCUGCGUUCUUCAGUUCCAGUUCAUGUUACCUUCAUCUCACCCUAAUAGCAUCAACUCUCUGAAGAUAAGGAGGAUGGCACAGACCAGGACAAGUCCAAUGACUCGAGUGGCAAGCCUCAGUGAAGACAUGGUUGACCUUGACCUCGAUCAUGACGUCAAACUGCCACCAUGUCAGCGCAUGGGUGUUAUGUGUGCCUUCCAGAGUAUGGAUGAAUUUGAGCUUUUGUUUGAGGAGGUCAUUGGGAUGUUUAUGAAGAUGAAAUUAGGGGAGUUUGGUGAGGAUUUGUAUGACAGUCAUACAGAAAAGAAUUGCACUGAUGAGCCGAUACAUAUACUGAACAUUGCGAUCAAUGUCAUAGAAGAGAAGGAUGACAAGAUCCUGUCUGAAAAGUUCUACAAAUUCUGUCAAGAUAAGGUGGAUAUGCUAAGAAGCCAUGACAUUCGUAGAAUAACAUUUGUUUGCCUGCAGAAGAGGGAAUUUCCUAAAUUUUUCACAUACAGAGCAAGGCUGGAUUUUGGUGAAGAUCCCAUUUACCGACACCUUGAGCCUGCUCUGGCUUUCCAACUUGAGAUCAACCGUAUGAGGAACUUUGACCUGGUUGCCAUGGACAAAGCAAGUCACAGGAUGCACCUCUAUUUAGGGUCAGCUAAGGUUGAAGAAGGUCGUGAAGUGACAGACUACAGAUUCUUUGUGCGUGCCAUCAUCCGGCACUCAGAUAUGGUUACCAAAGAGGCCUCAUUUGAUUACCUGAAGAAAGAGGGAGAGAGGAUGCUACUGGAAGCCUUGGAUGAACUGGAGUUGGCAUUCUCCCAUCCAAAUUCAAAGCGCACAGAUUGCAACCAUAUCUUCUUGAACUUUGUCCCAUCUGUCAUCAUGGAUCCGAUGAAAAUUGAAGAAAGUAUGAGGUCAAUGGUGCUACGUUACGGGUCGCGAUUGUGGAAGUUACGAGUGUUGCAAGCUGAACUCCGAUUUAAUGUAAAAAAAAAUGCAACUAGUGAACCAAUAGCUAUGCGCUUCUUCAUUACCAAUGAGUCAGGUUACAAUUUGGACAUAAGCUCUUACAGAGAAGUGACUGAUAUUGCAUCUAGCCAGAUUAAGUUUGUGUCAGAGGGACCCAGACAAGGCCCUCUCCACGGUCGGAUGCUUAACAUGUCCUACAUGACCAAGGACCACCUACAACUGAAGCGCUACAAUGCUUCGAAGUUCAGCACAACAUAUGUGUACGAUUUCCCAGAUAUGUUUAGAAAGAAUUUGAUUCACUUGUGGGACGAGCAUAGCAAAUUGACUGGCAUUAAUGAAGAGGCACCAGAUGAUGUGAUCACGUGCAGUGAGCUUGUUCUCGAUGGUAAUGGCAAUCUGAUCACCAUGAAUCGAAUGCACGGCGAAAACACGAUUGGUAUGGUUGCAUGGAAGAUGACAAUCAAAACACCAGAAUAUACAGAUGGUCGAGAUGUGGUUGUCAUUGCCAAUGACAUUACACAUCAGAUAGGAUCGUUUGGUCCUCAAGAGGAUACUCUUUUUGAGAAAGCAUCAGAAAUUGCUCGUGCCCAAGGAAUUCCAAGGAUCUAUUUAUCUGCCAACAGUGGUGCCAGAAUUGGUCUUGCGGAAGAAGUAAAACAACUAUUUAGAGUAGCAUGGACGGAUCCAAGUGCCCCAGAAAAGGGCUUCAAGUAUUUAUAUUUGACUCCUGAAGACUACAAGAAGCUGGAUGGCUUGAACUCUGUACAUGCCAUCCAUAUUGAAGAUGAAGGAGAAUCCAGAUACAAGAUUACUGACAUCAUUGGCCAAGAGGAUGGCAUUGGCGUGGAGAAUCUGAGAGGAAGUGGAAUGAUUGCAGGUGGUUCAUCUAGGGCCUAUGAGGAGAUUGUUACCCUCAAUAUGGUGACAUGUAGAGCAGUUGGUAUUGGUUCUUAUGUAGUACGUCUAGGGCAGAGGAUCGUCCAAGUCGAGAACUCGCCAAUUAUCCUGACAGGAAACCAAGCUCUUAAUAAGGUUCUUGGCCGUGAAGUUUAUACGUCAAACAAUCAACUUGGCGGAAUCCAGAUUAUGCACAAUAAUGGCGUCAGUCACGCAAUCGCACGUGACGACUUCCAUGGCGUCCACACGAUACUCAAAUGGCUUUCCUAUAUGCCUAAGUGCCGGGGUGAGAGUGUUCCUGUUCUACCAAGUGUAGAUGUGGUUGACCGAGAGAUUCAAUUUGUUCCAACGAAGGCGCCUUAUGAUCCAAGGCAUAUGCUAGCUGGGCGACCUCACCCAGAUAAUGUUAAUGACUGGCAAUCCGGUUUCUUUGACAAAGAUUCAUUCAUGGAGAUAAUGCAGCCUUGGGCUCAAACAGUUGUUGUGGGCCGAGCAAAGCUUGGUGGUAUUCCAAUGGGUGUUAUCGCUGUGGAAACAAGAACAGUUAAUGUUGACAUUCCUGCUGAUCCAGGAAACCCAGAUUCAGAGGCAAAGGCUAUAGCUCAGGCUGGUAUGGUUUGGUUCCCUGACUCUGCCUUCAAGACGGCACAAGCUAUCAAGGACUUCAACAGAGAACAACUGCCACUCAUUAUCUUCGCCAAUUGGAGAGGCUUUUCAGGUGGAAUGAAAGAUAUGUAUGAACAGGUGUUGAAAUAUGGAUCAUACAUCGUAGAUGGCUUGGUUGAGUACAAACAGCCAGUGAUGGUAUACAUCCCCCCUAAUGGGGAACUGAGAGGAGGCUCCUGGGUGGUUAUUGACCCCACAAUCAACCCUGAACACAUGGAGAUGUAUGCUGAUGUUGAUUCCCGAGGUGGUGUGCUGGAACCAGAGGGCACAGUAGAGAUUAAGUUUAAGAAACGAGAUCUGUUGAAAACCUUAUGGAGGAUCGACACAACAUACCGAGAAUUGGCAAAGAAAUUGCAAAGUAAAGAAUUAAGUGAAGAAGAGAAGAAAGAUAUUAAGGCAAAAAUGCUCAAGAGAGAGGAGUUACUUCUACCAAUCUACCACCAAGUCGCUGUCAACUUUGCAGACCUACAUGACACCGCAGGAAGAAUGCAGGAGAAGGGAGUUAUAUCGGAAAGCUUACAUUGGAAGAGCUCUCGUAAAUUUUUCUACUGGCGUUUGCGUAGACUUCUUCUGGAAUACAAGGUUCGUGAUCUGAUUCGUAAAGCCAAUAGUACACUCUCAAACGUGGAGAUUAAAUUCAUGAUUCGUAGAUGGUUUGUUGAUGACCAAGGUGCCCCGAAGGCUUAUCUCUGGGACAAUAACCAAGCUGUUAGUGAAUGGCUAUUGGACCAAGAAAAGCAACAGGCUACUAAAGGUCAUUCCAGUAUUUUGGACAACAUAAACUCAGUGAGACGUGACCAACUUAUCCACCAGAUUCGCAAAUUGGUAAAUGAAAACCCAGAAGUCAUAAUGGAAACCAUAGUGCACAUGACCCAGAAAAUGACACCAUCCCAGAAGGCCGAGAUCGUUUGUGUAUUAUCAACCCAGACAGAAGAUGAUUCAGAUAGUAGUUAAGUCCCAACGCUAAACGUUUUAGAUUUUCUGAAAAUCUAAAACAGCACAAUUGCACCUGAUCAGAUUAUAUGCUACUUUUAAAAUAAUAAUGUAUAUUUUUAUUGGGUGAUGUGAAAGACAGAUUCAUAAAUAUUAAUAUUAAAAAAAUAAUUAAUUUAUUCCUCAUAGAGUUUCUGUUAGGGAUUGAGAUCAUUUUAAAAUAAAACAAGUAUUUAUUACAAUAUCCUUGCAGAUCGUAGUAAGGCUGAAUGCUAUAUAAGUUAUGGAACAAUAGAAUUACUGAAAAUAUGAGGCUCUGAUCAUCUCUCAAUAUGCAGAAUUUGAUCAUAAAAAUCAGAAAACAAUAGUGUGAUAUUUUUUGCAAUAAAUUGUGCGAGUUUUGGGUAAUGCUUACAGGCAAGAUUCAUGUGAGAUAUAUGCAAGAACAUGCAAUUGUACACAUGAUUCUUUUGACAUAUAUGCAAGAUUUAAUUGGAAUUGAGUGUCAAGAUAAUACUAAAAAUAAUAUCACAGCAUAAAUGUGCUAUUGUAUGUAAAAUACAUUCCUAUGCAAUUUACUAUAUCCUUAUUGUUAACAUAAUAACCAUUGUUUAUAUAAUUACAAAGGAGUUAUUACUACAUCCCAACCCAUUGUGUUCUAUCAGUGUAAAUUUGAAAACUCCAAAACCUUUAUUGCCUUUAGUUUUAUCCUACAUUAUAUAUGUAGUCUAUUUAACCUAUAACCUCUUGUCACAUUUUCAGGUUACAGCCUUCUUGUGCUGGCAUUCUGCUUUGAUACCUCAGGGAUUUAAUAACCAAAAUUGUUGAUACAAAUUUCUCAAUUCAUAAUACAAAGCUAGAAAUUUGUAUAUUGAUAUGUAUUGAUGUAUGUUUUUUGAUCGAACUUUUAUUGGAAAUGGUUACUGACAAUUACAAAAACUUGUGCUUUUGGAGCUAAAUUAUACUUCAUAAUAAUAAUACUACAUUUUCACUGCACGAGGUUUCCUCAGAUUUACAUGCUAUAUAGUACUUUCUAGCAAAAUUAUGACCAUAGCAAUUAAAUCUCAGUUGUGGAAAUCAAGCAGUAUAUUUAAAAACCAACAUAAAACUAAAUUAGCUGUGGAUUGUAGUGUCCCACCAUACAAUUCAUCCUUAUAAAUGCAAAUUUUUGCUUUACUCUAAACAUAUAUGUUCAGUUAUUGUAUUGAGUUUUUUUGUUAAUUCAA